CUCUGGUAGCCACCGUCACUGCAUGUCCUGCCGCUCUGUUGUUGUUUUAUUUCUUUUUUUUUUUACGAAAAUAACACCUAACCAAAAUCAACCGCUGAGAUUUUAUCAUGCACUUUAUGUUCCAAAACAACUGACUGCGUGAUAAAUGUUUACAGCGACCGCCGCCGUUUGAAACGAGGGAGAGCUGCUUGGAGUUAGCAUACGACGCUAGUUAGCUUAGCGAGCUAGCUUCCCGCUGCUUUUUGUUCAUUUUUAGAAAAAUGUUUCCUAUUUAUUUAUCAAGAUGCGUUCCAGGACAGUAACUUCGUGUUUAGGCGUUACUGACUGCAGCACUCAGUGAGACAAGAAUGACCCAGCACGGUUCCGGCCUGCAGCACCAGCAGUCAGCGUGCAAGAGAUGGAGCGAGGACGCUGAACAAAAUGACAGGGAACAUAAAUCCUUCAAAGCAAACCACCGCCAUCACCAGUCCGGGCCAUCAGCUCAGCAACCGAGCGCCCCGGCUUUGAGCACCAGAAGGGAGCUCUACCAAAGAGACUUCCCGCUGUACAGGCAGCCUGUCGAAGUAGGUUCCUUUUCCCUGGACUCUCAGCGUAGAUUCUUCAACGACAGCAGGCAGAUGAGAUACUAUGUAGAACCUGAGAAAGGUCCACAUUUUGAUUUGAAAGAUGGAUACAAAGACCGCUUUAUACAGAGGGACGAGCGUGUGAAAGAAAAGCUGGAUCACAUCCUUCGGUGGAUUUUGGCCAACAGAUCCAAAGUGGCACGGAGGACAGAUUCCUCGCAUUCAUCAGCUUUAGAUGUCGACUUUGUGACAUGGCGUGGCCAUUUGACCAAACUGCUGACCACACCGUACGAAACACGAGAGGGCUGGUUGCUGGCCGUCACAAAGUUCAAAGGAACACAUUACAUCAGUGAAGUGGAGACGGAAGCGGCUCGCAGGGAUCAGGAGAACCGUACCGAGCGGCAUAAGGCGAUGAUGUACUGGGGGUACAAGUUUGAGCAGUACACAUGCUCAGAUAAGGUCGACGGAUCACCUGAUCCGAGUGGCGUGGUCAACACAAACGAGGCCUUCUGCACCGUGGUCCAAACCCGCCUUUCAGAUCACAGGCUCCUGUUCUCCGGUGAGGUGGACUGCCGGGAUAAAGACCCCGACUCUCCGUCUCCUCCCUCCUGCUACGUGGAACUGAAGACGUCCGCAGAGAUCUGUACUCCCAAACAGCGCAGCAACUUCCACAGGUUCAAACUACUCAAGUGGUGGGCACAGUCCUUCCUCCCCGGAGUCCCCCGCAUCGUCGCAGGCUUCCGGGAUGACGAGGGGAUUGUUGUGUCCGUGGAGACCUUUCAGCUCUCCAAGAUUUCACAGCUAAUCAAGAAGGAGGACAAGUGUUGGAAGCCAACAGUCUGCAUGAACUUCUGCAACGACUUCCUGUCUUUUGUCAAACGUGUCAUAACUGAAGAUGAUCAUCGUGUGGUGUAUCUGUUCUCCUGGAACCCACGCUGCGAUGUGACCUACUCUGUACACAAGGACUCCUCCUACUCUUUCCUGCCUGACUGGUACAUGAAGGAAAUGAUCUGAAGAUUCACACCAUCAGUACUAAUUUUUCAAAUAAAAAGCAGGUAUUCUGCUA